AUGGACAAAGUCGCCAUGGAAAACUUCGCGCUCGAGGCCGAAAGCCAUCUGCUCCAAUUCAAGGCCCAACUGCUCAGCCUGGACCGCCCCGUGCUAGUCGGCGGUGGUGUUCUGGCUGCAUUGGCAGCAGUGGUAGUCAUCACCUUACUCAAGGGCUUUUACAACCUGUUCCUGCAUCCCCUCCAUGAUAUUCCUGGUCCGUGGAUUGCAGGUGCUACCCGUUGGUGGUUGUUUCAACGCGAGUUGGUGAAGGAAGAUGCCCACGCCACCAUUUUGAAGCUGCACCAAAAAUAUGGACCGCUUGUGAGGAUUUCGCCCGACGAAGUGUCCGUUAAUGAUGUCACGGCCUAUACCGAAAUCUACAGCCAGACCUCCAAGUUCCCCAAGGCCAAGUAUUUCUACUACGCCUUCACCGACCAGACUGCCAAUCUGUUCUCCAUGUACGACAAAAAGGAGCACAUUCAGGACAAGCGCUUGAUGUCGGCAGCCUUCUCCAAGGCCGCCAUUCUCCAGCGGGAAGACAAGAUCUACACCAUGGCCGACCAGCUGAUGGACCGCAUCGCCGGCAUUUCCGAUGCGAAACAGCAGUUUCCCCUCCUCAGUUCUUUCCACUGUAUGACCCUGGAUCUGAUCUCUGAAUUUGUUUUCGGCGAGGCUCCUGGCUCGUUAUCCCUGAGCGACUUCAAGUCGCCCAUUGUCCAAGAGAUCGCCAAUGCCAGUGCCACUAUCGCAUUUUUUCAACAAUUCCCUACGUGUCGCGAGCUGCUGCGUCUGGCCGGCCACUACAAGAUCAAGGCGAUUCCUAACCCGUUCCUCGGACUCGGACAGGUGGCUGACAAAGGCUUGGAAAUAAUGCGGUCGCCUGACAACACCAAGUGGACACUGUUUGGCGCCAUGGUGGAAACUGCAAAGAAACACGGUAUUACGCUGUCCAACGAGCACCUAGUCUCUGAGGGAAUUCUCAUGCUUGUUGCCGGCACCGAUACAACGGCCAUCGCCCUGUCUACCACCACGCACAAUCUCAUCCGGCGUCCAGAACUGUUUGAGAAGCUGCGCCAGGAAAUCAUGACUGUUGCACCAACACUAGAUUCUCGGCCCAAAUACAGCGAUCUUGAUGCCCUGCCAUUUCUGGACGCUUGUGUUAAGGAAGGUCUCCGGAUUAGCUCGCCUGUACGAGGAAGACUGCCGAGAGUUGUUCCAAAGGAAGGCUGGACUUUCAAAGGCCGAUUCUUCAAGCCCGGUACCAUUGUGAGCGCGUCAUCGCUGUACCUUCUUCACGACGAGGAUGCUUUCCCAUCGCCCGAAACCUUCGACCCGAACCGGUGGCUGGGCCUUGAGGACCAGCGGGCCGAGAAGCUGAAGUACUUCCACCCGUUCUCCCGAGGAACCAGACAGUGCAUCGGACAGAACCUUUCUCUUAUCGAACAGAAGAUCACACUGUCGAGGCUUGUGCUCCGCUUCAGUCCGGUUGCCGUGUCUAAGCCCUCUAUCGAGUGGGGCGAACUCGGCACCAACGCCGUGCCCGACACUCCUUUGUAUGCUCAGUUGAAGUGUAAUUGA